AGCCCUGCCUGCUUCCUCAGCCUGGAGCUGGUCAUCGAGCAGCCCAUCGAAGUGCACAACGUGGAGGUGGAGGUGCUGGACAUCAACGACAACGCACCGCGCUUCCCCCGCCAGGAUUACCGCCUGGAGAUCAGUGAGUCCGCCCUGCCCGGGGCUCGCUUCCACAUCGAGAGUGCCCAGGACCCGGACGUGGGCACCAACUCUGUGCAGAGCUACCAGCUCAGCCCCAGCCGCCACUUCGCCCUGGACCUUAAAGGCUUCCAGAGUGGCAGGCACAUCCUGGGAAGGGGGCGACGCGACCGGGAGCAGAGUGCCCUGGAGCGGCUGGUGCUCACUGCUAUGGAUGGUGGGGAUCCCCCCAAGUCUGGUACGGCCCAGAUCUCCGUACGAGUUGUGGAUACCAAUGACAACCCUCCUACCUUUGACCGCUCCACUUACACCGUGAGCCUUCUGGAGAAUGCCCUGCCGGGCACGCUAGUGGUCAAACUCAAUGCCUCGGACCCCGAUGAGGGCUCCAACGGGGAUGUGAUCUACUCGUUUGGCAGCUACACCCCACAGAAGGUGAGGCAGCUCUUUAGUGUGGACCCACGCUCGGGGGAGGUGCGGGUUAAUGGUACCUUGGACUAUGAAGAGGCAUCCUCCUAUGAGAUAUAUGUGCAAGCCACUGAUCAGGGCCCUGUCUCUAUGGCUGGGCACUGCAAAGUGCUGGUCAAGAUUGUGGAUGCCAAUGAUAAUGUUCCUGAGGUGGUCCUGACCUCCUUGUACAGCCCAGUGCCAGAGGACGCAAAGGCAGGAACUGUGGUGGCCCUGAUGAGCGUCACUGACCAGGAUUCAGGGCUGAACAAGCAAGUGAGUCUGCGCAUUCCCCCUGGCCUCCCCUUCACACUCAACUCUUUCAAGAACUCCUACACCUUGAUUACCCAGGGCAACCUGGACCAUGAGAAAGCAGCAGCCUACAACAUCACAGUUACGGCUACUGACUCUGGGAGCCCCCCCCUCUCCUCCCAGAAAGUGAUCCAUGUGGAGAUCUCCGACAUCAAUGACAAUCCUCCACGCUUUGAGGAACCUGUGUACUCACUUUACAUCCCUGAGAACAACCCCCUUGGAGCCUUGCUGGGUACUAUCAAAGCCACUGACCCAGAUGCUGCCGAAAAUGCCCAUGUGUCCUAUACUCUGCUAGAUAGGGAGAUUGAAGGGCAACCUGUUUCCUCCUAUGUCUCUAUUAAAUCCGAUAAUGGCAAUAUGUAUGCUGUCAGGUCCUUUGACUAUGAGACACUAAGGGAGUUCCAUGUGAUUGUGCAGGCUCAGGAUGCUGGGAUCCCACCACUGAGCAGCACUGUCACUGUCUACAUCUACGUAAUGGACGAGAAUGACCACGCUCCACAGAUUCUGUAUCCUACCUCAACCAACGCUUCAGCAGCUGUGGAGAUGAUCCCACGCUCAGCACACGCUGGAUAUUUGGUAACCAAAAUUAUAGCCAUUGAUGCGGACUCAGGACAAAAUGCCUGGUUGUUCUUUGACCUGGUACAAACCUCAGAUCCAGGUUUGUUCAGGAUAGAGCUCCAUACUGGUGAGAUUUGGACUACUCGCAAACUGGGAGAGGACAGCAUGUCUACUUUCAACCUGACAGUGGAGGUGAGAGACAAUGGAGAGCCACCAAUGUCCUCAUCAGUAUCCAUCACUGUUACCGUGGUGGACAGAGUUUCCAAAAUCAUCCCUGAUAGAAGGCGGCAUGUUAAAAGUCCCAGCAGCUACUCAGAGAUCACCAUUUAUCUCAUUAUCGCUUUGAGCGCCCUCUCCUUCGUUUUCCUUUUUGCUAUCAUUGGGCUUACUGUUAUCAAGUGCUACAGAUACAGUCUGUAUGGGGACUCCUGCUGUGCAGGCUUCUGUGGGGUCAGAGAACGGUGCCCUGCUGAAUUAUACAAGCAGGCCAACAACAACAUCGAUGCGAGGUUGCCCCACGGUUUAAAAGUACAACCCCAUUUCAUUGAAGUGAGGGGCAAUGGGUCGCUCACUAAGACCUACUGCUAUAAGGCAUGUCUAACUGCAGGAUCAGGAAGUGACACUUUUAUGUUUUACAAUACCUGUGGCCCAACAGGAACUACUGGUCCCUCUGCAGUGGUGACUGAGAGGCAUCUGACAGGACAGAGUGGGCAGAGUGCACAAAACCUGAUCAUACUUAAAAAUGACUCCAUUACUCCUAAUGAGCCAAAACACCCCAACCCUGACUGGCGCUACUCAGCAUUGAAUGCAAGGGUACGAAGUGCUGUGCAUGUGGAGGAGGCAGGAGUCCUGCGUGGAGGACCCGGAGGGCCUGAUCAGCAGUGGCCAACAGUCUCCAGUGCUACUCCAGAACCUGAGGCGGGAGAGGUGUCCCCCCCAGUGGGAGCUGGUGUGAACAGCAACAGCUGGACCUUUAAAUUUGGACCCAGCAAUCCCAAACAAGGUGGUCCUGGUGAGUUGCCAGACAAAUUCAUUAUCCCAGGAUCUCCUGCAAUCAUCUCCAUCCGGCAGGAGCCACCAAACAGCCAAAUUGACAAAAGUGACUUCAUAACCUUUGGCAAGAAGGAAGAGACCAAGAAAAAGAAGAAAAAGAAGAAGGGAAACAAGACUCAGGAGAAAAAAGAGAAGGGCAACAGCACCACUGAGAACAGUGACCAGUGAGGGGUUUAUACUGAAAGAACCAACUUAGCCAGUUUUUGUACUAAUGGCAGAUUUCUCCUAUGUAGCAACUCCUAACUUCUUCCUACUGUUAACAAAUUUCCUGUAUGUAUAGACUUGAGAAAAGCAGCAGGAAAUUCACAGUGUCUGUCUAAAUUGCUUAACAGGUUUUGUCUUAAAAGCUUUAUUAAGUCUGGUGUUAACUCUUUUUCUCCGCUCUGGCUUGUUUUCAGAAUCUAAAAAGCAGACACAAGUUUCCUUUCUCCUACGCCGAAAAGGAGAAUCUUCACAGUACAGCCAGUGAGAGGUUGGACUCUGCACUGUGGUUCCUGUGCUCCUGUCUUGAUGACACUUACAGGACAGGUUUAAAAGUUUAAAUGUUGUGCACCCUCUAUCUGAUUGGAAAUAUUUGUGUGCAGAUGUCAGCUAGGUGAUAUGAGAUCUGAUUAUAAAAUGCAAGAAGAGCUGGUAAAUAUGCAACAGAGGAAACACCUAAUGAACACAAAUGUUCAAAGAUGUUCAGGCUGGGGAGGAAAUGUCUGAAAGGAGAUAACCAGAUUUUUGAAAUCUUGAGAAGUCACUGUGUGGAAAUACUGAGUCCUAUCCAUGACGUAUUGUACACACUCCUGAAAAGAAAACAAAAACACCCCAACAAACCCCUCACAUUUACAGCUCAUUAAGAUACCUUAAAUUUUAUCUCUUACCAAGCAAGCCAUUGGGAAAAUUGUCCCAUAAAGCCCUGCAUUACCCUGGCAAGGCCAGCCCUCAGUAUUAAGAGGGGCUGGCUGGACAUCCCAGGAAUGUAACUGACUGUGGUGCUCUGUCCCUUUU